AGUUCUGUCAUGAUUCGCGCAUGCGCAAUUAAAAAUAUGGCAACAUCCGGUGUAAAAGUAUCCUACGAAAGUUCUUCAUCAUCGGAUGAAAAUGACGAAUCUGAUGGCAGUUCAGAAGAAAUUUCCGAUGUGGAAGACGAGGAAUCUCUGGGAGGUGACAGAGAUUCACAGUGUAGUGACAAGGGCUCCCUAGGGAGCAUUAACAUUGACCUCAUGGACACAACCCCCGGUGCUCCCCUAAGCUCGGGGAGUAUUGACAAUGACAUUGAUGAUACUACUGGUGGUAUGGCGGAUGUUCUUGCAAAAAUAAUCGGCAAGAAAUCAGUAGCCAGUGAUGUGAUUUUAUCCAAAGGUCAGACUGAUAAGGAAAGAUUUAAAUCGAAAAAAGUUGUCGAUAAAAAUGAAAUAGAAGUUGUUGGAGAUGACAAUACUGUUAUAAAGGAAAAAUCAAUCAGUAAAUUAACAGAAAUUGAUGAAGAGACAUUAUUAAAAGAUGCUAGGCUGCAAAGAAAAAAGAAACGACAUUGGGAGAAUAUGUGUCAUGUAAAACCUGACAUCACACGGCGGGAACAAGAGAGAAAGUUGCAAAGAAUCGCUACACGGGGGGUUGUCCAGCUAUUUAAUGCAGUCAGAAAACAACAGAAAAUCCUCGAUGACAAACUAGAAGAAGUUGGCUCUUCUGUGAGGAAACAAGAAAAGGCAAUGAAAUCUGUCGAUAAACGGACUUUCAUCGAUGUGCUUAAAGGAACUGAGGUCAAAGGUCAAAUAAAAUCUGAAAUAAAACAAGAAAAAGACGAUUCAAAAACGAAAAAAUCAUGGAGUGUGCUAAGUGAUAAUUUUAUGAUGGGAGCUCAGAUGAAAGAUUGGGACAAAGAUGAUCACAAUGAUGAGCAUGAAGACAAUGAUGAGAUGGAGCAUAGUGACUCUGAGUAAAUAAAUGAUUUAUUUACACAUUAUACAUAAUAUAUGUAUGUAAUCAAUAGUAAUGUAUUUCAAUACAACAUUGAAACAAUGAGGCCUGCUGUUGAGUAGUAAUCAGGGAUUUGGUGGUAACAGGCACAUGUUGCCUAAUAGAGAUGAGAAGAGCUUGUUUGUACAAAUGUCCCUAAAUUAUGGUACAAUAUUGUGGCUCAAUAUUGUCACCUGCUUGGUGGACUGGGUCUCCCCUUUCUUUUUCUGUGCAUUUCCAGUCAAGCCACUUGAUAUACCUGCAUACUGAUUUUAGAUUUUCAGGAAUGCUUAGAUCUCCCUAGCAUUAAAGCAAGUGGGCGCAGCACCCACCUGAGAUUAAUAAAAUAGGCUUGCAACCACUUGAAAAUCCAUUUGCACCCACUU